CCCAGCACGCUGCCCCGGGCUCACCCUCAGCUUCGGCAGCCUCAAAUCCUUCACCGGGGAGAGAAUGUACAGCCAAGUGGAGCAUCCCGCGGGAGGCUACAAGAAGCUCUUUGAGACGGUGGAGGAGCUGUCCUCUCCGGUAACCGCCCACGUCACAGGCAGGAUCCCCACCUGGCUCAGGGGGAGCCUCCUUCGCUGCGGGCCCGGCUUGUUCGAGGUCGGGGCAGAGCCCUUCUACCACCUCUUUGACGGCCAGGCACUGCUGCACAAGUUUGACUUCAAGGAGGGGCACGUCACCUACCACCGCAGGUUUGUUCGGACUGAUGCUUAUGUGAGAGCAAUGACGGAGAAGAGGAUUGUGAUAACCGAAUUUGGCACCUACGCCUACCCGGAUCCAUGCAAGAACAUUUUCUCCAGGUUCUUUUCCUACUUCAAAGGCGUGGAGGUCACCGAUAACGCCCUCGUUAACGUCUACCCUGUCGGCGAGGAUUACUACGCCUGCACCGAGACCAACUUUAUAACCAGAAUUAACCCGGACACUUUAGAGACAAUUAAGCAGGUGGAUCUCUGCAAGUACGUCUCCGUCAAUGGGGCGACGGCACAUCCCCACGUUGAGAACGAUGGGACGGUUUAUAACAUCGGCAAUUGCUUUGGAAAAAAUUUUUCACUUGCCUACAACAUAAUACGGAUUCCCCCACUCCAGGCAGACAAGGAGGACCCGAUGAACAAGGCGGAGGUGGUGGUGCAGUUUCCUUGCAGCGACAGAUUUAAGCCCUCCUACGUUCACAGCUUCGGACUGACCCCGAACUACAUCGUGUUUGUUGAAACCCCGGUGAAAAUCAACCUGCUCAAGUUCCUCUCCUCCUGGAGCCUGUGGGGAGCCAACUACAUGGACUGCUUCGAGUCCAACGAGACCAUGGGGGUCUGGCUUCACGUGGCAGAGAAGAAAAAAGGGCGGCUCCUCAAUAUCAAGUACCGCACCUCAGCCUUCAACCUCUUCCAUCACAUUAACACCUACGAAGAUAACGGAUUUCUCAUUGUCGAUCUCUGCACCUGGAAGGGGUUCGAGUUCGUUUACAACUACCUCUAUUUAGCCAAUUUGCGGGCGAACUGGGACGAGGUGAAGAGGCAGGCGGAGAAGGCGCCGCAGCCCGAAGCGCGCAGAUACGUGCUGCCCCUCAACAUUGACAAGGCUGACACGGGCAAGAACUUGGUCACCCUGCCCUACACGACAGCCACAGCGACCCUGCGCAGCGACGAGACCAUCUGGCUGGAGCCAGAAGUUAUUUUCUCAGGCCCGCGCCAUGCCUUUGAAUUUCCACAGAUCAAUUACAAGAAAUACGGUGGGAGACCGUACACGUACACAUACGGGCUUGGACUGAACCACUUUGUUCCAGACAGGCUUUGCAAGCUGAAUGUUAAAACAAAGGAGACCUGGGUGUGGCAGGAGCCAGAUUCAUACCCCUCAGAGCCCAUCUUCGUUUCUCAUCCGGAUGCCCUGGAGGAAGAUGACGGGGUCGUGCUGAGCAUCGUGAUCAGCCCCGGCACAGGGCCGAAGCCCGCCUACCUCCUGAUCCUGAACGCCAAAGACAUGAGCGAAGUUGCCCGGGCUGAGGUGGAGGUGAACAUCCCCGUGACUUUCCACGGACUCUUCAAAAGAGCAUGACUGCUGCCUCAACUUGGUGCGUUAGGUUUCUUCCAGCUUUGAAAAGGUGCAGUUGCCAUUUGCAAGCACACCAAAAGUGACACUGAAGGAAUUUAGGUCAUUUCUUUGUAUGGCUAUUUAACUUAAGACUGAGUGUUUUGUUUUUGUCGAUGAUUCUUCAAAAUACUUAUCCAGGUACUUUUCAAAUGUACUUUGUGGCAUAAUUUCAAAAUGUACAGUACUAAGAACUAUACAGUUAAAAUAACGCAAGUUUUCUUUUACAAAUUCAAACUUUGCAGCUUCAGCAGAGGGAAAGAUGCAUGAAGUAGCCUUUUCUACAUAUUACCAUGUCUACAGGUAUUGAAUUUACACUGUGCUAUGUGCUCUUUCUGGUGCAUGCUUUGAAAAGAGGUAUUUUUAUCCUAUAGAAAUGUUGCUUGAACUUGCUUCCUAGUCUCUGUAUUCGUGUCCUCAGAGCAAGAUGAGUGGAGCCCUCCCAGAGCUGCUCUGGAAAUCUGAACUUGCCCGUUCAAAAAAAUCAGGCAAUUAUGGUUUAGGAUGAAUUUGCUUCAACUGAAGGCUGCAGAAUCACAACUUAAUCCUUCCUUUCCCAAAAAU